AUGAUCCGGGCGCAUAGCGCAGUGGUAGCGCGUCCGCUUUGCAAGCGGAAGGCCCCGGGUUCAAUCCCCGGUGUGUCCAAAGCUUUGGCGUCGCACCUGCUGCGUGCAAUUCGCAGUGGUAGCGCGUCCGCUUUGCAAGCGGAAGGCCCCGGGUUCAAUCCCCGUGGUAGCGCGUCCGCUUUGCAAGAGGAAGGCCCCGGGUUCAAUCCCGGUGUGUCCAAAGCUUUGGCGUCGCACGUGCUGCGUGCAAUUCGCAGUGGUAGCGCGUCCGCUUUGCAAGAGGAAGGCCCCGGGUUCAAUCCCGGUGUGUCCAAAGCUUUGGCGUCGCACGUGCUGCGUGCAAUUGUGAAAGAUCUCAUUAGCACAAAUUGA